AGCGGGCUGGAAAUGACAGCAGGCGGCUAACAUUAGCAAGAAAACUCGGGGCAGCUGGGCGAACCAGUUUAUGUGAAUGGAAACGAUUUCGAGAAAAGAAACUAACGUAGCUAGACACCCUCUCGAUGAAGAAGGCACUGGCGUUAAUUUAAUAGCACAAGAGUAGCAUGCUAGACGUGGGAAAGUGGCCAGUGUUUGCACUCCUGCCUCCUGAGGAACUGCGACUCAUCCGCCAGGCCUGUGUGUUUGGCAGUGCUGCUAAUGAGGCGCUUUACGUUACGGUCAACGAUGAGGUUUUUGCUCUGGGAACAAACUGCAGCGGUUGCUUGGGUCUGGGGGACAUGCAAAGCACCAUUGAGUCAAGAAGGAUUGAUGUCUUAUGUGGGAAAAAGAUUGUAUCUCUGAGCUAUGGCACAGGACCACAUGUGGUCAUUGCAACUGCAGAAGGAGAGGUCUAUGCCUGGGGCCACAAUGGCUACAGCCAGUUGGGGAAUGGCACCACAAAUCAUGGCCUGACACCUGCUCUGGUCUCCACUAACCUCAUUAACAAGAGAGUGACUGAAGUGGCCUGUGGUUCCCAUCACACCAUCGCUCUCACCACUGAAGGAGAGGUGUAUGCCUGGGGCUACAACAACUCUGGCCAGGUGGGCUCUGGUUCCACAGCCAACCAACCAACCCCACGCAGGGUCAGCAGCUGCCUGCAGAACAAGGUUGUUGUAAACAUUGCCUGCGGACAGCUCUGCUCCAUGGCUGUCCUGGACAAUGGGGAGACCUACGGCUGGGGCUAUAACUGUAACGGGCAGCUGGGUUUGGGCAACAAUGGCAACCAGCAAACACCCUGCCGUAUCGCAGCUCUGCAGGGAGUCAACAUUGUGCAGGUGGCCUGCGGCUAUGCACAUACACUGGCACUAACAGAUGAGGGAUUUGUUUACGCCUGGGGUGCCAACUCUUAUGGGCAGUUGGGCACUGGAAACAAGAGCAACCAGGCAUUACCAACACUCAUCAACAUGGACAAGGAGAGGAUGGUAGAAGUGGCAGCAUGUCACACCAGCCACACGUCAGCUGCCAAGACACAGAGUGGCCAGGUGCUGAUGUGGGGUCAGUGUCGUGGCCAGGCGGUUCCUUACCCACACAUAACGCACUUUUCCAGCACUGACGAUGUGUUUGCAUGCUUCGCCACUCCUGCUGUUACCUGGCGUCUUCUCACUGUGGAUGGAGAUGACUAUCUGACUGUGGCCCAGUCCCUCAAAAGAGAGUUUGACAGCCCAGAAAUAUCAGACCUGAAGUUCCUUGUUGAUGGAAAAUGCAUCCAUGUUCACAAAGCCCUGCUUAAAAUCAGGUGUGAGCAUUUCCGAGCACUGUUGAACGAGACUGAUGAGGAGGCCAUAGAGAUCCAUCAGUUCUCCUACUUGGUUUAUCGCGCCUUCCUUGAGUACCUUUAUACAGACACCAUCAACUUGCCACCUGAAGAUGCCAUUGGUCUUUUGGAUCUUGCAACAUACUACAGAGAGACCCGCCUGAAAAGGUUGUGCCAGGAGACAAUCAAAAGGGGCAUUUCGGAAGAGAAUGCAAUCACACUGUUGUCUGCUGCUGUCAAAUAUGAGGCACGGGACCUGGAAGAUUUUUGCUUCAAGUUCUGUGUCAACCACCUUACUGCUGUGACUCAGACCCAGGCCUUCGCUGACAUGGACCAUGAUCUGCUUAAGAACUUCAUUAGCAAAGCCAGUCGCUAUGGGGCCUUCAAAAACUAAGUGUGGGACCAGAUCAUAGAGUUACUGCACUGACUGACCUGUAGGUCCCAAUGCUUUGAAGCUCCACUCCCGAAAUGACACCAAAAUUAUUUUAAAAAGGGUUUAGAGAUGGAGGCCUACCAGGUAGAAAAGCCAUUAGAAGUUCAAAAGGGACUUGGAAGUGGGCUUAAGAUGUUCUCAUAGGUAUCUGAUGGUGCCUAUGAAAGGGAUUAAUAUCAUUAUAUAGACUUGUAAUAAGGGAAGAACAUUCCACUAGUGCAAAAGUGUAGAAAGAUCUUAUUCACUUAUGACCUUCAGAUGUUUCAAGACAUGUUAAUAGAUGCUUGAAGGUUCGAAAAUGUCUGAGUGAACUUGAAAGAUAUCAAAAGAGAAUGAACAUAAUAGCACAACAGUACACUGACAGCAUAGGACAGUUUUCAGUAGAAAGGUUUUCAUUCUAUAGAUUACACAUGUAGACUACUCAUUUACUCAAUAAUUGAGUGUGUUAUACUGUAUGAUACCUUAUGAGCUAUUUGUGAAUAGUGGAAAGAAUGCUUAAGGUUAACUUAAAAUUACUUGGUAAUUCUGAAAGUACUGUUCAUUAAGUGUCAGUGGUUACUUGCAAGUUGUGUAUCCCUCUAUUACUAACUUUUGGAUAGUUUUACCAUAAUCAGAUGCAUGAUGCAGACAACAAAUAACCAUUUCACCAGCAGCAUCUUAACUGUUUUAGCUGUAAUACCUGUAAGGGUAUUAUUGUUUACUCUGAGUAAGUCAAGAUUCAACCAACACUAAAAGACGUUGAAGCUUAGUGCUAUUAGAGUUAUAUAUGGUUAUUUUUUACCUUUGCAUUACACCAUGUUAUUUUUAAAAACAGAACUCGAUUUGUAUUUGCAAUUAUUCUGCCAUUCUUUGGGCUUCUAGCUCUCCUUAUAUGAUUAUACUUCGCAAAUGUUUGUACAUUUUUCUGUUUUGCACCAUUUUCUUUUUCAAAGGUCAGUAUUUACAUUGUGUAUAUUACUGUAGUUUUGCACUUAUUGUUUUACAUGCACCAUUUAGUAAGAUAUAAGAUUAUUAAGGCUAUUUGGAUAGUGUUUACAUAAGGAGGUAAUAAGAGCCUAGUGUGCUCUUUUAGUCACUUAUUAGUUUUUGUGAGCAGCUGAAUGCAUUGCUCACUAUCUCUGAAUAUAAAACAUUCACUGACUGGAAGGUAGUCCUUAAGAGUCGUUUGAGUGUUUGUGACCACUUUAUCAUGCCAAUAAAACAUUUACCUUGUAAUAGUAUCAGAUAAUGUUAUAGAGAAAUAAGUAAGUAUCUUUUCAAGCUUACAUCUUGCAGCAUCAGACUCAACAGGGCUGUCUUUACUAAUGGAACUGAAAUGUUUAAAUGCAGAGGUAUAAAUGGGUUCCAUUAAGUUGUCAGCCGUCUUGUUUACAGUUAAGUUAUAAAUGUCACUUUGUGGGAAAGCCUGGUUACAUAACUCCCUUUUAUGGCUUUUUCUGACAUGAGUCAACAGGAUAUUGGCACUGCUAUCCCAAUCAAUUGUCAACAGAAAUGUUUACUGUUACAGAAGCUCAGAUUCGUAGUUGGAACUGGUCAUUAAGUUGUGCUGUUGUUGUAAGUUUUAAAAAAGAAACUUGCUCCCUGUAUCUAUGUUGCACUCAGUGUUGAAAUAAAAGUACAUUUAAGUAAAAA